AGCCUUGGAGCUGUUUUUGCUUGAGUUCGCCGCCGUGUGCGUCCGUUUCUUGGGUUGAGGAUGUGGUGCUGCGCCGGCGAGAGGGAGGAGUACCACGGCCCGCCGGCCGGCAACUUUGCCACGCCGCCCCCGCGACCACCAGCGCAAGCUAGAGGGCCCAACGCGCCAAGGAACGGCUUGGGGCCGGCCAAGGUGCUGCCCAUCAACGUCCCGGCGGUCACGCUGGCGGAGCUGAACCGCCUCACGGGCAACUUCGGCGCCCGGUCGCUGGUCGGGGAGGGCUCCUACGGCCGCGUGUAUCGCGCCAAGCUGGCCACCGGUGAGACCGUGGCCGUCAAGAUGUUCGACAAUGGCGGCUCCGGGCAGUCGGAGGCCGAGUUCUGCGCGCAGUUGUCGGUGGUGUCGCGGCUCAAGAGCGACCACUUCACGCAGAUGCUGGGCUACUGCCUGGAGCUCAACAACCGGAUCGUGCUCUACGAGUUCGCCACCAACGGCUCCCUCUACGACAUCCUGCACGGCAAGAAGGGCGUGCAGGGCGCCGAGCCCGGCCCGGCGCUCACGUGGGCCCAGCGCGCCCGGGUGGCCCUCGGCGCUGCCAGGGGGCUCGAGUACCUGCACGAGAAGGUGCAGCCGUCCGUGAUCCACCGCGACGUCCGCUCCAGCAACGUGCUCGUCUUCGACGGCCAUGAGGGCAAGAUCGCCGACUUCAACCUCACCAACCAAUCCGCCGACACGGCCGCACGCCUCCACUCCACCAAGGUGCUCGGCACGUUUGGGUACCACGCGCCCGAGUACGCCAUGACCGGCCAGCUCACGCACAAGAGCGACGUCUACAGCUUCGGGGUCGUCCUCCUCGAGCUCCUCACCGGCAGGAAGCCCGUCGACCACACCAUGCCCAAGGGCCAGCAGAGCCUCGUCACCUGGGCCACGCCGAGACUGAGCGAGGACAAGGUCAAGCAGUGCAUCGAUCCCAAGCUCAACAACGACUACCCGCCAAAAGCAGUGGCCAAGCUCGCGGCGGUGGCGGCCUUGUGCGUGCAGUACGAAGCCGACUUCAGGCCCAACAUGACCAUUGUCGUGAAGGCUCUCCAACCACUUGUCGGUGCCCGUCCGGGAGGAGGAGAUCACUAGCUUAGAGAGAGAUCCAUGUCAUGCAUGUCAAGGCCUUCGCCCUCUCCCGCAGCUAGCCCUCUCCUGCAGCUAGCCUCUCUUGCAGCUAGAUUUCUUUUGGUGGAACCCGUAUUCAUAUGUUUAAAUCCU